AUGAGGUCGUUACUCCUCCUGGCACCGCUGCUGGCGGGCUUUGCCGCAGCUUAUGACGAAGAAUCAUCACACCACGAAGAAGGACCCCAUAUCCUGCAACCGCAGGAAGUGUACGAUGACAAGGUUGCUCGUUACUAUAUCUUGUCCGGAGGAAGCGUCUUCGCCAUUAUCCUCAUCUGGUCUGCGGUCAUUCGCAUGUCAGCACACAUUCGACGCCUUACCAGUCUUUCAAAUGAUACCCAGCGGUACUUCGUUGCUGCCCAUAGCUUCUGGGCCUGGAUGAAGCGUCAUGUCAUGUAUGCUCCUUUGCUCUGGAAACGUCACAACCGCGAGUACCGAAUCUCUACGGCAUUGAACAUGGGUACUCUUCCCACUAGAUUUCACACCGUGCUGCUGCUUAUGGUGGUGGGGAGCAAUGCAUACCUCUGCCUGCAUAAACUUCCCUUCUCGAAGCCUGAGAAUGAGUUUCUACCCUCAAUUCGCAAACGGACUGGAACAAUGGCAACUGUCAACCUUAUCCCCCUUGUUCUCAUGGCCGGCCGGAACAACCCUUUGAUCAAGCUGUUGGAUGUCUCGUUUGAUACAUGGAAUCUCCUUCAUCGCUGGCUUGGCCGCAUUGUCGUGCUAGAGUCACUUGCUCACACUAUCUGCUGGAUGGUAGGAAAGGUUCAUACAGACGGCUGGGCUGCUCUGCGGGAGUCCUUAGGCUCUAGCAAUCUGAUAUUGACUGGCAUUGUCGGAACCAUCUGCGUUGUGAUCAUAUCCAUUCACUCUGUCUCCAUGCUUCGCCAUGCGUUUUAUGAAACUUUCCUCCAUUUCCAUAUCCUUUUGGUUAUAGUCUUCCUCGCAUUCACAUGGGCACACUUGGUUGGCUAUUCCCAACUCAAGUACCUUCUCGGAGCUAUUAUACUAUGGGCCUUUGAGCGAGCAUGGCGCAUAAUCACCAUCGUUUAUAGGAAUUUCAUACGUGGUAACACAACCGCAACUAUAGAAGCUCUUCCAGGAGAAGCAAUGCGCGUUACAUUAAGGGUUGCUCAGCCCUGGACUUUCAGACCUGGCCAACAUCUAUAUCUAUACAUCCCAUCCGUUGGCUGGUGGACAUCUCACCCGUUCAGCGUGGCAUGGAGUGAAAAUGAAGAAAGUGACACUGAUGAAAAAGGUCUCGUCAUGACCAAGCAAGACAUCCUCGGCCUCCAACAGCCCACAAUGUCCCUCGUCGUUCGGCGAAGAACCGGAAUGACCAACAAGCUAUACGAGAAAGCUACUGAAAACGGUGCUACAAGUGUCACUCUAUCCGCCAUGGUAGAAGGCCCUUACGGAGCCGAACAUGUUCUCGAUUCAUACGGCUCAGUCGUCCUCUUUGCUGCCGGUGUUGGCAUUACCCAUCAUGUCUCCUAUGUGCGGCAUCUCGUCGCUGGCUUUGCAGACGGAACAGUAGCUACCCGCCGUCUGACUCUUAUCUGGAUAAUCCAAUCGCCCGAACAUCUCGAAUGGAUCCGGCCCUGGAUGACCAGCAUCCUGUCCAUGAGCCAAAGACGAGAGGUACUCCGAAUCAUGCUCUUCAUCACCCGACCACGCAACACCAAGGAGAUUCAUAGUCCCAGCACGACAGUCCAGAUGUUCCCGGGAAAGCCGGACAUUGGCACCAUCCUUGACGGAGAAAUCGAGAAGCAGGUCGGUGCCAUGGGUGUCAUGGUGUGCGGAACAGGCAGUCUGAGUGACGAGAUUCGAUAUGCGUGUCGGCAACGGCAAACUCCCACCCAUAUCGACUUCAUCGAAGAGUGUUUUACAUGGUAG